ACUUAAAGAAAAAUAAUUUAAUUAGUUUUAGUUUAGUUGUACUCACGACAAGAAUUUAAUUAAGAUGCAGAUUCUGCGUAGAUUGGUUCUUGCACAGUCAAUUCUAAUAAUUUAUUUCAAAUUAUGUUCAACAAAAGUGUAUUUUAAACCAGAUGACGCAUUUGUCUCUGAUUUACGAAGUUCAUUGAUCUCCGAUGAAAAUAAUGAUUUAUUAAUCGUUUUACCCCAUAAUUUGGAACCGACCGGUGAAUCCAAUGAAAUUUUAAACGUAGCUGUACUUAAAUUGGGUGGUAAAGCGCAAGAAACCGAACAAUCAUAUUUAGAUACACAAGAAACGGACGUAAAUGGAUUAAACCAUAGAAAAACUGAUGAAUUAGAUGUAAAUCCAAGAGAAACUGACGAAUUAGAUACAAACUCACAAGAAUCUGCGGAAUCCGAUUUAGAAAUAGGCGAUUUGAAUCUAAACAGCGUCCAAAGGAGUAUGCUAAGGAAAAGGUGGCACAGUAAAUGCGAUAAAAAAGCUUCUAAAACCUGCAGGAAUGCGUGCAAAAAUGCGUACAAAAUAGUCUGCAGCUCAUUUAAAUGCAGAAGUAGGAUGAAGAAGGAUUUUAGGAGAGAGUGUAAAAGGAAUUGUAAGUCUAAGUUUGUGUCGUCGGUCUCUAGUAUUGAGACGGAAUAAACUUAAUUAUGCCCGUAUUAAUAAAUCAUUGUAUGGCAUUUGUA